AUGCACCACCUCCUCAUCAGCAGGAGACCGAGGAGACGCACCACCUCCUCAUCAGCAGGAGACCGAGGAGAUGCACCACCUCCUCAUCAGCAGGAGACUGAGGAGACGGACCACCUCCUCAUCAGCAGGAGACCGAGGAGACGCACCACCUCCUCAUCAGCAGGAGACCGAGGAGACGACCACCUCCUCAUCAGCAGGAGACCGAGGAGAUGCACCACCUCCUCAUCAGCAGGAGACCGAGGAGACGCACCACCUCCUCAUCAGCAGGAGACUGAGGAGACGGACCACAUCCUCAUCAGCAGGAGACCGAGGAGACGACCACCUCCUCAUCAGCAGGAGACCAAGGAGAUGCACCACCUCCUCAUCAGCAGGAGACUGAGGAGACGGACCACCUCCUCAUCAGCAGGAGACCGAGGAGACGCACCACCUCCUCAUCAGCAGGAGACUGAGGAGACGGACCACAUCCUCAUCAGCAGGAGACCGAGGAGAUGCACCACCUCCUCAUCAGCAGGAGACCGAGGAGACGCACCACCUCCUCAUCAGCAGGAGACUGAGGAGACGGACCACAUCCUCAUCAGCAGGAGACUGAGGAGAUGCACCACCUCCUCAUCAGCAGGAGACCGAGGAGAUGAACUACCUCCUCAUUAA